AUGGGCUCGGAAGCUCCACAGCAGAAAUUUGAGACACUGCAGUUGCACGCUGGACAAGAGCCAGAUCCUACAACCAAUGCCCGCGCCGUCCCCAUCUAUGCCACGACCAGCUACGUCUUCAAUGACAGCGCGCAUGGCGCCCGCCUUUUUGGCCUCAAGGAAUUUGGGAAUAUCUACAGCCGCAUCAUGAACCCCACGGUUGACGUCUUCGAAAAACGAAUUGCGGCUCUGGAAGGCGGUGUUGCAGCCGUGGCAGCAUCCUCAGGACAGGCGGCUCAAUUCAUGACGAUUGCGGCAUUGGCUCACGCAGGCGAUAAUAUUAUAUCAACGUCGAACCUCUACGGAGGGACAUACAACCAAUUCAAGGUGGCCCUGCCGAGACUGGGCAUAAGGACAAAGUUCGUGAAGGGUGACGAGCCGGCGGAAUUCGAGAGACUUAUCGAUGACAAGACGAGGUGUGUGUACCUGGAGAGCAUAGGGAACCCGAGAUACAAUGUGCCCGAUUUCGAGAAGAUUGUGCAAAUUGCGCAUAAGAACGGUGUACCGGUGGUGGUGGAUAAUACAUUCGGCGCCGGAGGGUACUUCUGUCGGCCCAUUGAUCACGGUGCGGACAUCGUCGUUCACUCGGCUACUAAGUGGAUUGGUGGCCACGGCACCACAAUUGGAGGCAUUGUGGUCGACAGCGGCAAGUUCGAUUGGGGCAAGAAUGCCAAGCGCUUCCCACAGUUCAACGAUCCUUCGGAAGGCUAUCAUGGUCUCAAGUUCUGGGAUACGUUCGGCCCCAUCACAUUCGCCAUUCGCGUCAGAGUUGAGAUCCUGCGAGACCUUGGCACGGCGCUGAAUCCAUUCGCGGCGCAACAAUUAUUGCUGGGCAUUGAGACUCUGAGUCUGCGGUGCGAAAGACAUGCGUACAACGCUUUGAAAUUAGCUCAAUGGCUUCAAGAGAACGACAGAGUCUCUUGGGUGUCAUACCCGGGCCUGGAGAGUCACCAGUCACACAAGCUCGCGAAGAAGUAUCUGCCCAGAGGAUUCGGCGGUGUACUAUCAUUUGGGGUGAAGGGAGGGCAGGAGGCUGGAAGUCAAGUCGUCGAUGGCUUCAAGUUGAUCUCAAAUCUGGCUAAUAUCGGCGACUCGAAGACCCUGGCAAUCCACCCUUGGAGCACAACGCACGAACAGCUCAGCGACCAAGAGAAAACAGAUAGCGGUGUCACGGAAGAUCUCAUCCGGAUAUCGGUGGGAACAGAGCAUAUUGACGAUAUAAUUGCAGACUUUGAGCAAUCCUUUUCGGCAAGCAAAGCUGCAAAGCCAAAUGCAGAAGGGAAGGAAGAGAAUGGGGAGGUAAAGGGCAAUACGAAUGGGGACGCUAAAUUGAGUGGAGCAACAUGA